CGGCGGCGGCCAGAGCUGUCAGGCCUGGGAGGACUCAGGGCACCUUCUCUCGGUCGGUGAGUCCCCGCUGGUGGCAGGGCCCCAGGCCCAGGUGAGUCGCUGCGGGAUCCCGAAGCUGCGGCCCACACAAGCUGCACAGCUAGCGCCUGCGCGCUGGCCCGCCAGCCAAUCGCAGGCCUCCUUCCUGCUGCGCCCUUUGACCCUGCGCCUGGGAAUCCCGACCCGCUCGGCCCGGACGCCGGCUUCCCUGCGGGUUCCCGCUAGCAAAACAUUCACUAUUUUGGAGUUUAAAGUAUGUCAUCAUGGCAAAAUUUCGAAGAAAGACUUGCAUCAUUUUGUCGCUUUUUAUUCUAUUUAUUUUCUCUCUGAUGAUGGGCUUAAAGAUGCUGAGGCCGAAUACAGCAUCCUUUGGAACUCCUUUUGGGCUUGACCUUCUUCCAGAACUUCAUCCACCGAAGGCCCCCUUGGGAAACAAAGUUGACUUCCAAAAGAGUGAUAGAAUCAACAUGGAAACGAAUACCAAGAAUUUCAAAACUGCUGGCAUGACUGUGAGGCCACCCAAAACCUCUGAAGGGAACCUGGAGGAACUGCCUCCUCUGAAUUAUUUUUUACAUGCAUUUUAUUACAGUUGGUAUGGAAAUCCACAAUUUGAUGGUAAAUAUAUUCACUGGAAUCAUCCAGUCCUGGAGCAUUGGGACCCUAGAAUAGCCAAGAACUAUCCACAAGGGAGACAUACUCCUCCAGAUGAUAUUGGCUCCAACUUUUAUCCUGAGUUAGGAAGUUACAGCUCUCGGGACCCUUCUGUCAUAGAAACUCACAUGAGACAGAUGUGCUCAGCCUCAAUUGGAGUCCUGGCCCUUUCUUGGUACCCACCUGAUUCCAAUGAUGAGAACGGAGAAGCUACUGAUCAUUUGGUACCAACUAUUUUGGAUAAAGCUCAUAAAUAUAAUCUGAAGGUCACUUUUCACAUAGAGCCAUAUAGCAAUCGAGAUGAUCAAAACAUGUAUAAAAAUGUCAAAUAUAUUAUAGACAAAUAUGGAAGCCAUCCAGCCUUUUAUAGAUACAAGACAAGGACCGGGCAUUCUCUGCCUAUGUUUUAUGUCUAUGAUUCCUAUAUCACGAAGCCUAAAGUGUGGGCCAAUCUGUUAACACCUUCAGGAUCUCAGAGUGUUCGCAGUUCUCCUUAUGAUGGAUUGUUUAUUGCACUUUUGGUAGAAGAAAAGCAUAAAUAUGAUAUUCUUCAAAGUGGAUUUGAUGGAAUUUACACAUACUUUGCUACAAAUGGUUUUACAUAUGGCUCAUCACAUCAGAAUUGGGCUAACCUGAAAUCAUUUUGUGAUAAGAACAACUUGAUAUUUAUCCCAAGUGUAGGCCCAGGAUACAUAGAUACAAGCAUCCGUCCAUGGAACACUCAGAACACUAGAAACCGCAUCAACGGGAAGUAUUAUGAAGUUGGUCUAAGUGCUGCACUCCAGACUCACCCCAGUUUAAUUUCCAUCACCUCUUUCAAUGAGUGGCAUGAAGGAACUCAAAUUGAAAAGGCUGUCCCCAAAAGAACCACUAACACAGUGUACCUGGAUUACCGGCCUCAUAAGCCAAGCUACUAUCUAGAACUAACACGAAAGUGGUCUGAGAAAUACAGUAAGGAAAGAAUGACAUAUGCAUUGGAUCAACAGCUGCCUGCCUCGUAAUGUCUCACUUAGAAUCUAUCAAAUCGUCUAGUUUCAGUAAACGCCUUGUGUUUUAUGUUAUGGAGAGAAAACUGUCAAAAUCAAUGAGCACUUGCUACUGUUACCUUUAUCAAUUAUUUCAUUUUUACUCUUUAAAAAAAUGAUAUUAUUUGUCCUACAAUGGACAGUACUGUACAAAGAAAACAUUUGAUGAGAAAAGUCAUGUUGGUAACAUUCCUGAUUGCAUAAUUUUCUGAAUUUCUGACUGCAAUUGAAGUUUUAAUGGAAUUGCCUUUAGGUUUUUGUUUCACAGUAGAGAAAAUGCUUGCAUUCCAUAAACCAUCUAACGCACAAGUCAGCUGAACUUGUAUUCUGGGUCCAAAGACAUAGGAGUGCGUACGUGUCAGGUACAUCUGACAACAAAAAUACAAACCUACCGUCAGGUGGUGGUGGCUCACACCUUUAAUCCCAGCACUCUGGAGGCAAACAGAUCUCUGAGUUGGAGGCCAGCAUGGUCUACAGAGUAAGUUCCAGAACAGGCUCCAAAGCUACACAGAGACACCCUGUCAUGAAAAGCCAGAAAAAAAGAAAAAAAAAAAAAAUACAGACCUAAGGACAAUAGACAGAUGUGCUUCAUUUCUGAACACUUCAGUGACUCGGAAAUUUGUUAGUAUCCAGAUUCUGGCUGGCUUCCCCUGGUGAUCAAAUUCAUUUCUCAAGUUUCUUGUGAGCACAGACUUGUUUAAAUUACAGGCUAUUUUACUGUAUUUUUCUAGUCUGACUGUUAGCCGUGUUCUGUUAAAGACGGGCUUUGUGCACAGCAUUUGUAGUGUCAUCAUUUGAAGACUCACGUGCCCACAGUACAGAGUGCCUUUGCGUGUGUAAUGCCCAUGGUUCGCUCUGCUGAAUUAAAGACUAGGAACCUUAGGAGGAAGCUUGGUAAAUGUUAGUGACUGCUUCUCAGCUAUGAGGAAACCAUUGUUUCUCAGUCAGAAGGUUUACUGUGUUCACAUACUCUGUUUUGAGGGCAUUUUGUCAGUCUUUCUGGGUCUCAUUUUCUUAUUCAUAUCUUAAAAUUAAAUGUUCACCAUAGACUACUGAACUAAGAAAGGAUGAUGUUAAUAUUAGAAUUGUUUUCCUUUUAAUUUAAUUUUAUUGUAAAUAAUAGAGAAAAUGUACUUACCACUUCAAAACUAGAGAUAGAUCAAAAAUUAUUUUUAAAGUAACACCAUGUUUUUUGAGUUAUGUGCUCAUAUGAAAGUCUUACACUUUUACGUUGUCUAUUGGGUUAAAAAGAAAUUGUCAGUGAUCCAUACCUGUCAUAUGGUUACAAAUUGAUAACUUUUAUGCUAAAAAUAAAUUAUUUUAAAAAUGAAAAAUAGUAAAAAUCUGCUGAAUUCAAUAUUUAUAAUUGUAAUAGAAAAAACAGCUAGUCUACCUAGUUUUACACAAGUGUUAUUUCUUAGUUCUACUGAGAGAGUCAGUUGAGUCAUGUUAACAAUAAUGCACACGCAAUCUCCAGAGGAUAAAGACAUUCAGAAACAGAUUGGUUCUGGAAGUUAUCAUAGAAUACAUAGCAGAGAGGAGACAUUUUUCGGGGGAGGGAGACUGAUGGGCGAGUAAAGUGCUUUCUUUGUAAGCAUGAGGCUCU